AUGUCUGGGGCAUUAAGAAGGGAAAAGAACACCAACAAACGAUCGCAGCCGGAAACCACCGACGACUGCACGGAAUCCAAAGGCAGUUCCCAACACAAAGAAUCCGAUAUCGAAACUUCACCUGCAGCCAAAUCGCAAGUCGUCGGAUGGCCACCGGUGAGGAACUACCGGAGGAACAACUUUCAGGCGAAAAAGAUGGAGACAGAAAGCGGGAUGUAUGUGAAAGUAAGCAUGGAUGGUGCACCUUAUCUUCGAAAGAUUGACUUGAAGGUUUAUAAAGGUUAUUCAGAGCUUCUUAAAGCUUUGGAGAACAUGUUUAAACUCACCAUUGGUGCUUAUUCUGAAAGAGAUGGAUACAAAGGAUCUGAGUUUGCACCUACUUAUGAAGAUAAAGAUGGCGAUUGGAUGCUUGUUGGUGAUGUUCCAUGGGAGAUGUUUAUGUUAUCAUGCAAGAGAAUGAGAAUAAUGAAAGGAUCAGAAGCAAAAGGAUUGGGAUGCAAUUUAUGAAGGUGAUAAAGAUGAUGUGAAGUUAUAUAUCAUGGAGUGGAAGAGAAGAUGGAUGAAUCUUUCAGCUUGAGUUCUCGAAGAACUGUUUUCAUAUUUUGAAUAGGAAGAAAAAAAAAACAUAAAAAAAAAAAGUCAUAUGCUUUAUGAAAAGCUAAGGCAAUCUAUAGUAUGAUCAUAUAUAGUUUUGAUUCUGUAAAUUUGUGGCAGGAAUAUCAGUGAUGUUUUUUGAGGUUCGAUGUUUUGUUUGUAAGAAUCUUUUUUUAUUUUGAUUAAAAAGUUCCAUAUAAAUACAUGAUUGUAUAUAGAAGAAC